AUGGCCGUCGUGCAUCCGUUGCCCGAGAGUCUCCCGCCAUCAGCAGCUGUGUCGAGAAAGCCCGUCGAGCUUCCCACUUUGCCGUAUCGAUGGUUUCCCUCAUUUCGGCUCCUCACCGCCUCACUUUUGUGUUUGUGCUUUGCAAGCGUUCACAUGAUGAAUAGCAAUCUGGGAAUUGCCGUCGUUUGUAUGGUGAACUCGUCCGAAUUCCGCGACGAAAACGCGACUGAUUAUGGAGGAGAACCGAAGUUGAAUUGGAGCCCAGAGGAGAUUGGCUAUAUCUUCUCAGCUUUCAAUCUCGGCCUUUUGUUUAUGUUGUUGACAGGAUGGGUGGCCGAUCGCUUCAACGCCAAAUAUAUGAUCAUGGCAGCCGUUUCUGUAGCGUGUUUUGCGAAUAUUCUCAUUCCCUGGAUGUCACCGCAGAGCGUCUACUAUGCGAUUGUUGGUCGUUUCCUUGUUGGGCUCGCCGAUGCGCUGUUGCAACCGGCGGUCAACUCGCUUAUCACUCGGUGGUUCCCGGCGUCGGAACGGAGUUUCGCGCUCGGUUUAGCGACAAGUGGACGCCAAGUUGGCGCUCUCCUCAUUGUGCCAGCUGCUGGAGCGCUCUGCUCACAAACAGUUCUUUUCGGCGGUUGGCCGUCGAUCUUCUACAUUUCGGCGAUCGCUGGCGCUUUAUUUAUCAUCAUCUACACGCUAAUUGGUGCUGACAAGCCUUCGAAGCAGUCAUGCAUUUCGGAAGCUGAACUCAAAUUCAUCACUGCCGCCAAUUGGGUUGAGGAUUGCGGUCAGAAACGCAUCGAGCGUCAGAUCCCCUGGCGCAAGAUCUUCACUUCUGGGCCUGUUUGGUCGGCGGUGAUCGCAAUCGUUUGCCACGAGUUUCCGCUCAUGACGAUGAUCAUGUUCUUGCCGAGUUACCUCCACGACGUGCACGAGUACUCGGCCGCGCAAAACGGAAUCCUCUCCGCGUUGCCGACGCUCUCAUUAUGGUUGGCAAAGCUCGGAUCAAGCUACGCGAACACAUGGCUUCAAACGAACACCAACUGGCAUAAGAGCAAGAUUUGCAAGGUGCUGAACCUGGUCGGCUCUCUGGGUUUGGGCAUUUUCCUCUACGCGACUACACUUCUCGACAAGCGCUAUGCAUGGCUGGCCGUGCUUUUUCUCUGCUUAUCGAUGGCGUCAGCUGGUUUACACACUCCCGGCUGUAUCGUGGCCUUGGUUUCGGUGGCGCCAGCUUACUCUGGCGUUGUCACCGGUUUUGCUUUCUUCUUCGUCGCUGUGUCCGGGAUGUUCAACCCGAUUCUGACAAAAUGGAUUACACAGGAGGGUACUUCCGAGCAGUGGAAUCUCGUCUUCUACAUCUCGACGGUGAUUGCUUUGUUGCCGUGUGUGACGUUCACAAUUUUUGGAUCGGCUAAAGUUCAACCCUGGGCUACGAUGCAUAAAAAUUCGGCUUCUUCAGCUAAAAAUAUCGAAUCAAAAUCAAAGCUAGAUGAUGUCGAU